UACCCCGGAUACCCUCCCCUCGGCCAGGGCUGGAGGCCUGGGGUCGGGGCAGGUCGAGGAUGGACGGCUGGGGAGCGGAGAGACGGGGAGGGGAGGGAGGGCGCGGAGGACCCGCACUGCAGCAGCUGUUGCCCGCGUGAGACUCGCCUGUCCCGGCCAUGCUGCUCAGGCAGAGUCACAAGACGCAGUGGGGAGGGAGGGGGCAUCGCGUCCCCUUCUUAGGUCCCCGGGGACCGAGUUGGGAGAUCCCGGGCUCUGCCCUCCCCUCGCCUCCCCCGCCUCCCCGCGCUCGCCCAGCCGGGAGGAGGAAACGCGAGCCGCGCGCAGACACCUCCUCCUCCGCCGCCGCCGCCGCCGCCGCUGCCGCCGGCGUCCCCGCGCCUCUGUGCCUGUUGCUGCAGCCGCCGCGGGACCAGCAGUGUCCUCAGAGGACAGGAAAAGAAGCGGGAGCCCUCCCUGCCCCCCGCGGCGGGAAGAGCGCCGCCCGCCGAGCACGAUGCGCGCCCCGCCCGCUCAGGCCGUCCCCGGGCGGACCCCGAGCACCUGCGCGCCCCGGCCCAGCCCCGGGCUCUAAGCGCGCCACCUCCCAGGAUUUGGCAUCAGAAGCAUGUGAAAUAGAGUGCGUGGCCUAAAAUAGCAACCAGUGGCAGUGAGUUUCCAGACUUUUCCCAACAUGGAACCCAUAACAUUCACAGCGAGGAAGCAUCCGUUUCCUAAUGAGGCCUCGGUGGGCUUCAGCCUCCAGCUGGUGGGCUCCUUGCGCGUGCACUCCCUAACCACCAUGCCCAUGCUGCCUUGGGUCGUGGCCGAGGUGCGAAGGCUCAGCGGGCAGUCCUCCAAGAAGGAGCCUGGUACCAAGCAAGUCCGCCUUUGUGUUUCACCCUCUGGACUGAGAUGUGAGCCUGAGCCAGGAAAAAGUCAACAGUGGGAUCCACUGAUCUGUUCCAGCAUCUUCGAGUGUAAGCCUCAGCGUGUCCACAAGCUGAUUCAUAACAGCCAUGACCCGAGUUAUUUUGCUUGUCUCAUUAAAGACGAUGCAGCCAAUCAGCAGAGUAUCUGCUAUGUGUUCAAAGCCGAUGAUCAAACAAAAGUGCCCGAGAUCAUCAGCUCCAUCCGGCAGGCCGGGAAGAUCGCCCGCCAGGAGGAGCUGCGCUGCCCGUCCGAGCUGGAUGACACGUUCGCCAAGAAGUUCGAGGUGCUGUUCUGCGGCCGCGUGGCCGUGGCGCACAGGAAGGCGCCGCCCGCGCUCAUCGACGAGUGCAUCGAGGGCUUCAGCCACGUGUGCGGCGGCUUCUCACCCGGGUCUGUGCUGCCGCCCCCGCCGCCGCCGGGGGAGCGGGAGCCCGGCCCGCGGCCCAUGCGCAAGUCCUUCUCCCAGCCCGGCCUGCGCUCCUUGGCCUUCCGCAAGGAGUUCCAAGAUGCCGGCCUGCGGAGUAGCAGUUUCUUCAGCUCCUUUGAGGAGAACGACAUCGAGAACCACCUGAUGAGUGGGCACAGUCUUGUGCAGCCCACGGAUAUUGAGGGAAAUCGAACCAUGCUCUUCACGAUCGGUCAGUCUGAAGUUUACCUCAUCAGUCCUGACACCAAAAAAAUCGCCUUGGAGAAAAAUUUUAAGGAGAUAUCCUUUUGCUCUCAGGGUAUUAGACACGUGGACCACUUUGGGUUCAUCUGCCGAGAGUCCUCGGGAGCUGGAGGCUUUCAUUUCGUCUGCUAUGUGUUUCAGUGCACGAAUGAAGCUCUGGUUGAUGAGAUUAUGAUGACCUUGAAGCAGGCCUUCACGGUGGCCGCAGUGCAGCAGACGGCCAAGGCGCCGGCCCAGCUGUGUGAGGGCUGUCCCCUGCAGAGCCUGCACAAGCUCUGCGAGCGGAUCGAGGGAAUGAAUUCUUCCAAAACCAAACUAGAACUGCAGAAGCACCUGACAACAUUAACUAAUCAGGAGCAAGCGACUAUUUUUGAGGAGGUUCAGAAAUUGAGACCAAGAAAUGAGCAGCGAGAGAAUGAAUUGAUUAUUUCUUUCUUGAGAUGUUUAUAUGAAGAGAAACAAAAAGUUCAUGUCCAUAUUGGGGAGAUAAAGCAGGCAUCACAGAUUGCAGCGGAGAAUAUUGGAAGCGAGUUACCACCCAGUGCCACUCGGUUUAGACUAGAUAUGCUGAAAAACAAAGCAAAGAGAUCUUUAACGGAGUCUUUAGAAAGUAUUUUGUCCCGGGGUAAUAAAGCCAGAGGCCUCCAGGAGCACUCCACCAGCCUGGAUCUGGACAGCUCCGUGUCUAGCACAUUAAGUAGCACCAGCAAAGAGCCGUCUGUGUGUGAAAAGGAGGCCCUGCCCAUCUCCGAGAGCGCCUUCCGGCUCCUCGGCUCCUCGGACGACCUGUCCAGUGACCCGGAGGGCCAGCCCGCGGAGGAGCUGGCCCUGCCCUCGCCGCAGCAGGGCUUCCGGAGGCGAGCCAACACCCUGAGUCACGUGCCCGCGGAGUGCCCGGAGCCCCCGGAGCCCGCCCGCGCCUCUCCAGGGCCCUCGCAGAGGAAGCUUGUGAGGUACCACUCAGUGAGCACAGAGACGCCUCACGAACGAAAUGGGGAUCGUCCACCUGUUGGCGAGUGUAAAAGUCCCUCAGGUCAGUCUUCAGCUCCUGCUCCUCCACCUCGGCUUAACCCCUCCGCCUCCUCGCCCAAUUUUUUUAAGUACCUCAAACAUAACUCAAGUGGAGAACAGAGUGGGGAUGCUGUGCCAAAGAGCAUCUCCUACCGUAAUGCCCUGAGGAAAAAACUUCAUUCUUCUUCCUCUGUGCCAAAUUUUCUAAAAUUUCUGGCUCCUGUAGAUGAAAAUAACACCUCUGACUUUAUGACCGCAAAAAGGGACUUUGAAUCUAAAGCCAACCAUCUCAGUGACUCCCCUGGGACCCCGGUAAAGACACGGAGACACUCGUGGAGACAGCAGAUCUUCCUCCGAGUGGCCACCCCACAGAAAGCCUGUGAUUCCUCUGGCAGAUACGAAGAUUAUUCAGACCUGGGAGAGCUUCCCCCACGAUCUCCUCUAGAGCCAGUUUGUGAAGAUGGGCCCUUUGGCCCUGUCCCAGAGGAAAAGAAAAGGACAUCUCGUGAGCUUCGAGAGCUGUGGCAAAAGGCCAUUCUACAACAGAUACUGCUGCUAAGGAUGGAGAAGGAAAAUCAGAAGCUGCAAGCCUCUGAGAAUGAUCUGCUGAACAAGCGCCUAAAGCUUGAUUAUGAAGAAAUCACUCCUUGUCUUAAAGAAGUAACUACAGUGUGGGAAAAGAUGCUUAGCACUCCAGGAAGAUCAAAAAUUAAGUUUGACAUGGAAAAAAUGCACUCGGCUGUUGGGCAAGGUGUGCCACGACAUCACCGGGGUGAAAUCUGGAAAUUCCUAGCAGAGCAAUACCACCUGAAACACCAGUUUCCCAGCAAACAGCAGCCCAAGGACACGCCGUACAAAGAACUCUUAAAACAGCUCACCUCCCAGCAACACGCAAUUCUCAUCGACCUCGGGCGAACCUUUCCAACACACCCGUACUUCUCUGCUCAGCUCGGAGCAGGGCAGCUGUCGCUUUACAACAUUUUGAAGGCCUACUCGCUUCUAGACCAGGAAGUCGGCUAUUGCCAAGGUCUCAGCUUUGUAGCAGGCAUUUUGCUGCUUCACAUGGGUGAAGAAGAGGCGUUUAACAUGCUCAAGUUUCUGAUGUUUGACAUGGGACUGCGGAAACAGUACCGGCCGGACAUGAUUAUUUUGCAGGUCCAGAUGUACCAGCUCUCGAGGCUGCUCCAUGAUUACCACAGAGACCUGUACAAUCACCUGGAGGAGCACGAGAUUGGGCCCAGCCUCUACGCUGCGCCCUGGUUCCUCACCGUCUUUGCCUCCCAGUUCCCACUGGGCUUCGUUGCCAGAGUCUUUGAUAUGAUCUUUCUUCAGGGAUCAGAGGUCAUAUUUAAAGUGGCUUUAAGUCUGUUGGGAAGCCAUAAGCCCUUGAUUCUGCAGCAUGAAAACCUAGAAACCAUAGUUGACUUCAUAAAAAGCACACUCCCCAACCUGGGCUUGGUGCAGAUGGAGAAGACCAUCAGUCAGGUGUUUGAGAUGGACAUCUCUAAACAGUUACAAGCUUAUGAAGUGGAGUACCACGUGCUUCAAGAAGAGCUUAUCGAUUCCUCUCCUCUCAGUGACAACCAAAGAAUGGACAAGUUAGAGAAAACCAACAGCAGCUUACGCAAACAGAACCUGGACCUCCUGGAACAACUGCAGGUGGCAAAUGGGAGGAUCCAGAGCCUCGAAGCCACCAUCGAGAAGCUCCUGACCAGUGAAAGGAAGCUGAAGCAGGCAACCCUGGCCUUAGAGCUGGAGAGGUCGGCCCUGCUGCAGACCGUGGAGCAGCUCCGGAGGCGGACGGUGGAGCAGGGCGGCCCCGAGCCUGACCUCACCCUGCCGGGGCCCGCAGGCGACUGACAGCACGGGGCAGGGCAGGGCCCCCGCCAGGGCGCAGCCCUGGAGGAGACGUUGCUCCCAUCCUCCCGCUGUCCAGGCCUUAACGAGGGAGAAGGCGGAUGCUGGAGGGAGAGGAGGGGGCGUGACGCGUGCUUCUCAGGGAGGAGACUGGCUUCCCCGCACAGAUUCUUCUGAACCGACUCGCAGUGGUUUGUGCCGGUGCAGGGGCAAGCGUCCCGGUGUUUUGGUUGUUGUCGUGUAGGUUCUACUUCGUCCCCUUCUCUGGUCCUGGUUACUGUUCUCGGUAGAUUUAGAGGCAUGGACACGAAUAAAUGCACCUUUGUUUCUUUGUUUACUUUUUCCAUAUCACUGUGUUUGUAACGGGCAUUCGUAAUACUGUGGGAUUUCAACAGCCAGAGAGGCUGGAGGUGAUGGGUCCUCUGGCAAAGACAUGAGUCUGUGGUUCUUCCAGAGAGAGUUUGUGUGACUUACACCCUCGGUGCCACCGGCUGGGGUGCAGUUGGCCCUUGACCAUUCUUGUGGAAGCCCCAGAUGACUAUUGGGGGAAAAUUGAAAGUGAUUUGUUUAAACUUGAUAUCUUAAAUUUGAUCACUGUGCUUGGUAUUUAAUGAUGUUUGUCUUUCAAGAAGAGUAGUUUCCAUAUAUAUAUAUUUUUUUUUGCUUAGCCCUUAAGUAUUGAUCACAGUCGUAGAUAAAUGUUUCAUGGGAAGAUCCCCAGUGUUCAGACUCUACCUGGUGUUGCUGACAUGCGACUACGGCUGUAGCGUCUGAGGUGUUUAUUUCUUUGUGGUGUUUCAUGGCCCCGUUCCAGAGUCGUGUGUGUGUGUGUGUGUGUGUGUGUGUGUGUGUGUAUUCUUGCUGUUGGGUGGUGCAGUGUAGCCAUGUGCCCCUUGAGUCUCCAACCUUGGGAAUUGGAAUGAAGUAACUGAGCAAAUCAGGAUUUUUCAGGGAUGCCAGAUAUUCUGGGGCUUUCAGAGUCUUCAGACAUUGAGUGUGAAAUUGCAUCAACCGUCCAGCUGCUGAGAGCAGUUUCUUCGAGGUAGGACAUGCGUUCUGAGUAUAAUUCACAAGCCAGCAGCCCCUCCCUCAGGAUGCUGAGGACCCCGUGCCUUGAACCAGCAGGAGGCCGCUCUCCGUGGCCCUGGUGUCCGGCUGCAUGUGGGACUGUCCCCUGUGCUCCCUCCGGCGGGUGGUGGGGGUAGAGAGGAGCCAUGUGGGCAGGUUCACGUCCUUGACGGCAGAAUCCUUUCUGGUCUCUCUCAUCGUAACCACUUCUGUUCCGAGGCACUUCUUCUGACGCUCUCCAUGGAGGGCGUCCGUUCGAAGCCGGAGGUAAGAGGAAGGAUUUUCGAGUCUGGAGUCUUUAGAGACUCCCAGACAUUUCCAGGGGAGGCACCCAUGCUGCCCCCGGUGCCUGAACAGUUGGCUGACCCUGGGACCUGCUCCCCGUGUCAGUGGAGGGCAAGCCCUUUCAUAAUCUCGAUGAAAGCCCAGUAGCCUUUGUCCUGAGUUGUUCCACCAGCUAUAACUUGAGGAGGGCUUCUUUCCACGUAUUUUUCUGUUUGUUUAAUAAUGUUGAAUUUUGGACAUCUUAUUAGCAUUACACAAAGGUAUCGACUCUGCGGUAAAUAAGAAAGCAAUAAAGCAAAUCAUUCAUGCCCGUA